GUUAGACACAAUCCCAAUAGUCAGCGGUAAACGUCGUCGUAUCAACAUUGUACGUCUUCUGUAGCUUCCCGGCGGAGAGGAUCUCUUCGUCUGUGUGAUCCGACGAGCUACCCAAGUGAUAAUGGCUUCGACGAGCAUACCUAAUCAUCUCGAAGAAGACGAUGACGACGCGGAAGAAGAGGUGCAACAUUUUGAUGAUUUCACUCUUGCUUCUUCCUGGGAGAGGUUCAUUUCAGAUAUUGAAGCAACUUGUCGUCAAUGGUUAGCAGAUGGUCCCAAAAACCUCGUGGAAAAGGGUGCUGUUGCAAUGGAAGAUUCCAAGAAUCUGUUUAAGGUUAAAAACGACUUGAGAAGUGAGGCAAAGAGCUAUUACUGCAUGGAGUUAUACUUCCAAAUCGACGAUAAUGUUAGCCAACAAGCGGGAUUUGGUGAUUCGAACAGUAGUUCACUUGAUCUCCAGCUUUGCUUUGGGGUGAAGGAUUUUCUGUUGAUUGCUCCGCAAAGUGCCAGUGGGGUGCUUCUUGAUGCACCAGAGUCUAGCAAGCUUCUGAGUGCGGUUGCUAUUGCUUUGUCUAACUGUGCCAGCUUGUGGCCAGCCUUUGUUCCUGUGCAUGACCCUUCACGGAAAGCUUAUAUUGGGAUCCAGAACUUGGGCACUGUUUUUACUAGAAGAUUUGAAGCAGAUCUUAUUGGUAGUCAAGUCCCUGUGAAACUCAGGCACCUAGAAGGACUAUAUGAGUUGUUUGUUUCCAAAUUUGUUUAUUCUGGAGUGGACUUCUCAAUGCACAAUUUCAAAGUUCAUUGUCUGAUGAGGCUUAAAUACCAAACCUUCACAUCUGACGAGGAAGAUGAGGAAAGUGAUAUGGAUGAAUUUAUGGAUGACAAAGCUGAUACUGCAGAACAUAAUGGCUCUGAGUCGCGCAACAAGGUGAACUGGGACGAUGAUUGUCCUUGGAGUGAGUGGUACUCUGCUGGAAAUCCACUUAGAGGAUUUGGAUUGGAGGUCACAUGGGCUGACAGGACUGUACAAAACACACUUGAGAUGGCUGAACUUGAAAAGUCUUCACCCCAUGAAGCUGAGAAGUGGAUUUUACACCCAAUCCUCUCACCAUAUUUAGGUGAGCCUUCAAAUGGGAAAAGAAUUGAUUUUGCUUCCCAACUACUUUGCUUGGUUGAAGCAUUCGAUGCGUCCUUCGUAGAUCAGUUUAUGGACGAUUUCGUGUCAGUGGAAAAUCCAAGCUCUGAAAGUUUGAAGACCUCAGCGGUCAUACCUCCUCCAACGGUUCUUGAUCGGGUGGUUAAAGAUCUCUUUCAUGAAGGAUCUAAACUCCCAGAUUUUACUAAAGGUGAACACAGGCUUUCCCGAGCUCUUAAGGCUGCACCGCUCGAAUCUCUGUUUACACAAUUCUGUUUUCACUCAAUGUGGUUCGGCAACUGCAAUAUCCGUGCCAUUGCCUUCCUCUGGAUAGAGUUUGUCCGUGAAGUUCGUUGGUGUUGGGAAGAGUCACAGCCGUUGCCAAAAAUGCCAUUCGACGGUGCUAUUGAUUUGUCAACUUGUUUGAUCAACCAGAAGUUGCACCUGCUUGCAAUUUGCAUUGAGAAAAAGUGUGAAAUGAACGAAGUGUUCCUAGACUGUAUAGGAAGUGAAGACGGUUCAGAUGCUUCUGAUACUAUGGAGGUGAUUGGCCAGGAACACCACAAGGUCGACAAGAUAAGAAAUGCAUCCUCAGAAGAAGAUCUGCUGGGGAAACGUGACAGCUCAAUUGCAGAAGAUACAUCAUUUGAGAGGAAUACUGAAAGCACAAAUUCUGUGAACCAAAACCCAAUAAAUGCCAUCAGGAGGGGUUCAGCUGGACCAGUGGGGACCAUGAUGCUUCUGAAGUCACAUCAGCGACUCCAUGCCCCAUAUACUCAGGAUCCACCUCUUAUGACGGAAGACAUGCACGAAGAGAGACUCCAGGCUGUUGAGGCGUUUGGUGAUUCCCUGAACGUUCCUGGCCAGUUGGAGAAAGACAUCUUAUUAUCUGAUAUGUCAGCAUUCAAAGCAGCAAACCCAGAUGCUGUCUUUGAGGACUUUAUCAGAUGGCACUCACCUGGAGAUUGGGAGAGCUCUGACCCUGAAACCACUGAAGCAUCAGGCUCCAUCUCUAAAGACUCAAAGGAUAAUUGGCCUCCCCAAGGCCGCCUUUCUCAGCGGAUGUCUGAUCAAGGAAAUCUGUGGAGGAAAAGUUGGAACGAUGCACCCGCUUUGCCAGCCGAUGACCAAAAGCCCCUCCUAGACCCAAACCGAGAGGGUGAAAAGAUUCUUCAUUACCUGGAAACAGUGCGCCCCCAUCAGCUUCUCGAGCAGAUGGUUUGCACAGCAUUCAGAGGAUCAGCUGACACUCUUAACCUGACAAACUUCGGGGACAUGAAACAAAUGACCUCUAAAUUGGAGCAACUCUACCUCAUCAUCAAAUCUACUUUGGGAGUUCUACAACGCAACAAUGUUCCAGAUAUAGAACAGACGGUCAAAGAUCUGAGACGUCUCUGCGUGGUCUUUGAACAUGUGGAGAAGUUGGUAACAGUCGCAGCUUCUCUUCACAGAAAGUUCCUUGAAGCACCACGCCUUGCUCAAGUUAUAUUCAGUGACUUCUACGGCACUUAUGUUCCAAUAAUGGGAAUAAACUCAAAUGACGAAGAGAACAAAAGCAGGCCGGUGAUGGAAGUAGGGAGACAAGAAGUGAGUUUGAGAGAGAGACGAGUGGUGUCGAGUCUGUUCUCGCCGCCAUCAGCGAACGAGUCUUGGAGAAAAGUGUUGAGAAUGGGAAAUCUUCUAAACGGACACGAACCAGUUCUCAGGGAGGUCAUUUUCUCCACCGGAGACGAUGUUAACAACGGAAUCCAUUACGCGGCUGCUGCUGACGUGGCGGCCAGCGGUGACCGGAGAGGGGAAGAAAUCGAGACACACCGAAUGUAUGUCUCCGGAACAUCUAACGACCUCCGCGUUGCACUCUCUGUUACUUCCUGUGAUUAAUAUUUUUUUGUUUCGUUUUUUGAUACUACUGACACAUUUUUAUUUGAUAUAAAUUAGCAAAUGAAAAGAAUUUGAAACGUGCAAACUAGUAUGAUGGUAGAUGGAAUUGCUGAUCCUGCAUGUUCAAAUUUUACCAUUUUAUUUGCCGGAAAAAAGAGACUAG